UGUGUAACCUAGUAAAACACGGCGGAGGAAAGCAUCGUGCUUUUAUUUUGAAUAUCCGGGGUUCAUCCUGGCUAUUCUGCUAUUACUUUGUUACUUGCCGCGUUUUAUCCACAUCCAUAUGGCUCUAGGUUAUAUGUGGGAAAUAAGAAAUCUGUGCUGCUAGCUAACAAUUCACAGCUGUUGCCAGCGAUUGCAACGGCCGGAACAGACGCGUGGUAUCCGGCUACAGGAUAACAGAGGUGCCGCUGGAGUUUAAACACUUUUACGGAGAGUUAAGUUUAUUCUGAACGAUUCCUGCGCUGUGGCUUUUUUUUGGACUCAUCCGACGAUCAUGUCUUUGUCCAAAUAGCUGUGUUGGAGGUCGAGGAUGGCCGCAGACGUGGAUAAAAUAAUCCCCGAGGAUGAGAGCAACGUUUCACAGCGAAACGGGCAUCUGAGUCCGAGCUCUGGGUCCUGGAUCUUCAGGGGCAUCUGGACGCUGCUGAUACUCGCCGCUGUCCCCUUUCUCGCCUUUGGGAUCAAGUAUUAUCAAGAUGCCCAGUUCCUCCAGCGUCAUGAAGAGAGUGUUCGAAACCUGGGUGCAGAGGGUCUUUUUCUUUUCUCCUCCUUGGAUACCGACCAUGACCUUUAUCUCAGUCCAGAGGAGUUUAAACCCAUUGUUGAGAAACUCACAGGAAUUACACCUCCAGUGGAUUUUGAGGAGGAAGUGACCCAUGACCCCAAUGGAGAGACUUUAACCUUGGAGGCUAAAAUGCAGCCUCUGCUGCUUGAUUCUAUGACAAAAAGCAAAGAUGGUUUCCUCGGGGUGUCUCACAGCUCUCUGAGUGGGCUGCGCUCAUGGAAGAGCCCAGCAGUGCCUUUUUCCUCUUUCUCUGCCAGCCAGUUUAGGGCCCUCUUGCCCCCAAAGAACAAGGGGGAAGUGGGUGACACGUGGUGGGUGAUUCCUAGCGAGCUCAACAUCUUCACUGGGUACCUGCCCAACAAUCGUUACCACCCUCCCUCACCAAAGGGCAAAGAGGUUCUCAUCCACUCCUUGUUGAGUAUGUUCCACCCACGGCCCUUCAUCAAGUCACGUUUUGCACCUCAGGGCACAGUCGCCUGCAUUCGUGCCAGCAACGACUUUUAUUAUGACAUUGUGUUCAGGAUUCAUGCAGAAUUUCAGCUCAAUGAUGUUCCAGACUUUCCCUUCUGGUUCACCCCGGGGAAGUUCACCGGCAACAUUGUUCUCUCUAAAGAUGCAUCUCAUGUCCGUAACUUUCACCUCCACGUCCCCAAUGACAGGUCUCUGAAUGUGGACAUGGAGUGGCUGUACGGGGCCAGUGAGAGCAGCAACAUGGAGGUGGACAUCGGAUAUCUGCCACAGUUAGAGCUGCAGGCCACAGGCCCGUCUACUCCCUCCAUCAUCAUAGAUGAGGAGGGCAACAUCAUCGACAGUCGAGAUGGCAGCAGCGAGCCGAUCCAGUUUGUCUUUGAGGACAUCCACUGGACCUCAGAGAUAAGUCGGCAAGAAGCCACCCGGCGCCUAGAGGUCACCCUCUACCCUUUCAAGAAGGUGUCCUACCUGCCUUUUUCAGAAGCCUUUGAGCGAGCUGAAGCAGAGAAUAAACUGGUGCAUUCCAUUCUGCUUUGGGGGGCAUUAGACGACCAGUCCUGCUGAGGUUCGGGGCGAACUCUCCGGGAGACAGUCCUGGAAAGUUUGCCCGUCCUGGCGCUGCUCAACCACAGCUUCAUAAGCAGCUGGUCUCUCGUCAGAGAGCUGGAGAACAUGCAGGCUGAUGAGCAGAAUCCUGUGUUGAGUGAAAAGGCCCGUUUACACCUGGAGAAGUACAACUUCCCUGUGGAGAUGAUGGUGGCACUGCCCAAUGGAACUAUUGUCCACCACAUCAAUGCCAACUUCUUCCUGGACCAGACGGCCAUGAAACCAGAGGAGGAAGGAGCAACUUUCAGCUUCUCUGGUGGGUUUGAGGACCCCUCAACGUCCACUUAUAUCAGCUUCCUCAAGGAGGGGUUGGAAAAAGCCAAGGAGUACCUGGCACAGUAAUAUGUGUCUGUGAUAGAGUCCGAGAGACUAAACAGGAGGAAACAAUCAUCAUUCCUCUGGGCAAUGACCCAAGGUAAGGAAAAGCCUCCAACAAUUAUGUAGAGAAGCUUUCUCAUCAGCGUUGGCAGCUGAAAACAUAUUUUUGCCUUUUGUUACUAUUUAUUUGGGCGUCGCCCCUGUUCAGAAAGUUUUAUAUUACAUAUAUAUAUUAUAUAACAGUACAGGGAAAUGUUGCUUCUCAAACCUAAUGAUACUGUCAAUAUAGUAUAUAUUACAGAGAUACAAAGCAGUAACAGAUAUGUUAACACAUUUAGAUUGUCUCUGUGCGUUUAGCUGAUGAUAAAUUAUAGACAGAGGCUCAUAACACACCAAAUAUCCUAUGUUUUUUCUUUCACAUCCCGGUGUCUCGUGUGCAACAUUCAAUGACUUGAGUGUGGUUUCCUGCUGCCGAGCGUACCCAGAGACGGGGGGCCGGUGCAGCUGUUGCCUUUAGUUGCGUUUCAGCAGUUUGUGAAGACGUCGCCUGAAAGCUCUCUUCGGGCCGGGCUACGCCUGAUGUUAUUGCUGAGGCUGCUGGAGGGAACGCCCCUCUCUGACUCGGGACAAAAGCAACAGGAAAAUUAAACUGGGCUGUGGCACAUAACAUUAUUUAAUUCUGUUGUUUUUUUAUUUUGAAACCAAAUGUUGAAUAUUUAGCAUUAUAUCAUUUUUUUUUAUUUUUCGAGGCAGAUGUAACCACACUAAAGAGCUUUGUUUUGAAUGUGUACAAAAGCUGGGAUGCAGCUAAACAGCUCGAGGUUCAUAUUUAUAUAAAUCAAUGAAACCAAAUGGUUAUAGUUGUGAUUCUUGAACUGAGAGGCACAUGGUACUGUGUUCUGUUGUUUUCAGCUGUAAGGGUCCAAUCAAAACAUUGCAUCAGCUCCUAUCUUUAGCUAGACAAGUGUAAACCCUUGAUGUUUAAAAAAAAAAAAAAAACGUGACAAUCUGGAUCUACCAUUAGCUAUUUUUUCCCAAUAAGUCUCAUUUUCACUUUUUCCAGUCAUACAACAAACAAUGUUUCCUCUUCAGGACCUAGUCUCCCUGAACACAGGGAUUAACAAAUAAUUUAAAUAGUAAUAGUUAAGUAGUAAUAACAGUGAGAGUAACAUUAAGUCUGAAUUUAACUUUGUGAAAGUUCAUACAAGGUCCUCUACAUGUGAAACAGCUGACUGAUUUGAGCCUUUAGGGGGAAACACAUUUUUUCCCCACAAAAAGAUGAAAUAAUUAAAAUGUUUUGUUUUUCUGUACAAACUGAA